UUGGAAGGAGGAGGAGAAGCCAUGCAUGAAGUUCAACCGUUAGUCUGUCUCUCACAGAUAAGUAACUCACUUGCAGACUGUAGGAAGCAGUGAUACUUUGGCCACAGAAUUUGCUUCCCUGGAAGGCUAAUUUCUGCAUUAGUGCCCCCACACAGUAUUCUCAUCAUCAUGCAGGCUCUCCUGGGACUCUUCCUCUUCAUGGUACUUCUAACAACAGGUGGUUCUAUAGAGUGCGAAGUUUGCAUUGCCGUACAAAAGACCUGUACCGGCAAUAGACAGACUUGUGAUUCUUUCAUGGAUACCUGUGCCACCAUUUAUACUGAAGCCUCCGUAGAGAGACUUCAAUCACACAGUGCAUUGAUCAUCAACAUGCAGGCUCUCCUGGGACUCAUGGUCUUCUCCGUGCUUCUGGCCAGAGGUGCCUCUUUGCAAUGUGAAAUCUGCAGUCAGGUUGGCUCCACUGCGUGCAACUCUCCUAAGAAGAAUUGUCCUUCCGGCGCUGAUACCUGUAUCACUAUGGUGACUGAAAUAGGACCUGUGACUACAUUUUCAAAGUCUUGUGGUAUCAAGGCUGAUUGUGAAAAAAUGAAAAAACAAAUGGGAAAAGUGGGAACACCUGGAGACACAAUUACAAAGCUGGAGUGUAGCAAGGCCCCACCGCAAAUGGCUUCUCUUCUCUUGGCUCUCUCCGGCCUCUUGAUGAUGAAGAUGCUCCUCUAAUGAAUCUCACGUGACAACUCAGCAUGGGAAGCCACUGGGCCUCUUCAUUAUUUGCAUGUAUAUAACCUACCAUGGAGCUGAUCAUUUCCCAUUUCCAUGGUCUUUGUCUUCCUCAACGUUUUGCAAAUGAAAAUAAAACCAAAGUGGGAAAAGACCUGAAA